AUGUCAACACAAACAACCGACUUACCAAAAACGGAGUUCAUUCAUCCGUCUGAUUUUGAUGUCACUGAAACAGUUCCUUCGAUUGAUGUGAAGUCCUCUGAAGUGUCUUCCUACAUGUUGAAAUUGAAAGGGAUGUGUUACACCCGUGUCAAGUUCAAAUGUGUUGUUGUGAAAGAUCCGAACACACGGACGAUUCUUCUUUCAAAAGACUUUUUGGACGAAGUUAAAAAGAUUCUUCCGGAUAUUUCAAUAGGAGAGGCACAAGUGAAGUUAUCAAUUAGUAAUUUCACUUUACAAGAAGUGAUGCGGAAGUACAUCCCAAAGGAGAUCACCCUUCCAACGUCCUUUGAAACAGUUGGCUCUUUAGCGCAUUUAAAUUUGAAGGACGAACAAAUGCAGUACAAGCACUACAUAGGUGAGGCGUUGUUAUUAAAGAACUUUCCUCGCAUUAAAACGGUGAUAACUAAAUUGGAAGAAAUCACAAACGAGUUCCGGACGUUCCCACUCGAAGUGAUUGCCGGCGAGAAGUCGACUGAAGUCCAAGUCGUCUGUCACGGCGUGAAAUUCAAAUUGGACUUUGCCGAGUGUUAUUGGAACUCCCGCCUUGAGACGGAACACACAAUCAUCGUUGGUGAAAUGAAGAAGGGCGAGACCCUCAUCGACGCGUUUGCGGGAGUCGGCCCGUUUGCUAUUCCCGCCGCACUGAAAGGAGUUCUGGUCUACGCAAACGACUUAAAUCCUGCGAGUGUGAAGUACAUGAAAAUCAACGCGGAGAUGAAUAAAGCCACAUUGAACUGCGAGUGCAUGGACGCAAGAGACUAUAUGAGAAAGGUUGUGCUUGAACUGAAAGUACAGCCGAACUUCAUCUUAAUGAACUUACCAGCAACUGCCGUGAACUUUUUGGACGUCAUUCCCGAAUUGAUGUUGGCGGACUGUGUGAUCAAAUGCUAUGGAUUCUCUGCACUGAAGGACGCGACGGAUUUACAGGAGAAAGCGUGGGAAUUGAUGAAAGAGAAAUACCCGAUUAGUGUGAGAGUCGUAAGGGACGUCGCACCAAAGAAAAUUAUGUACUGCUUGUCUAUUCAUGUCACUACACUGAAAAGAACAAGUAAUGGAGAGGAACCAGAGACUAAAAGAGUUUUAUGA